UCUUAUGACGUCAAUAUACGUAACAAAGUAACAUCGUUGACACGGAAACACAGUAACGUCAGUUAAGAUCGAAAGGAGACGGAGAGAGAAAGAGGUGCUGCAGCUGAAGUACUGAAAACAAACAUAGCUUCAGAUUUAUCUGAUGGAUGUUUGUUGUCGUACUUUACUGCAUGCACCGCACGUGACGACUUGAAGCCAUCUUCAAUUCUUUGGUAAAAGCUCGUGAAGAGCAUAUUCUAAAAAAACAAUAACAAUGGGAUUAUUCGACUUUACUAUUGAAAAUUCCACCCUGCCCUCCGCGGAGGCGUGGAGGUUCGGCGAGGAUUACUGGGCUUCAUUUGAACUUUACCCAGAAUGGACCGGAAAAUUCUUAUAUGGCUUCAAAGGGAUGGCAUAUCAUCAGAAGGACUAUUUCUCCGGCACGAUGGUGGUUGUCAAGACAUUCAGACACCGAGUAGGCAGCGCGAUUGAUUGGACGCCGUACAAAGAAUGCUGUGACGUAGCAAGAAAAAUGGCGGCUGAAUUCAACAAACAUUUAGCAACUAUUUCCUGCAAUACAAAGCUAAUUGUACUAAAACCAAUAGACGCCAUUAUGGACAGCAUAUCAGAUGUGAUGAGAAUCACGGGAAUUUUCAUGCGAUUCGAUAAGAAAUUCGAGAAAGACGAAGUUGUUUUAUUUGAACAAUUCUUGGACGGAGAUUUUAAAACAUUCGUCUGCACCAAUGGACUGGCAACCGGAAAUGGUUCUGAGGCGUUAGACGCUUUUUGCCAUUACACAUAUCAUGCAUCCGAAGAAAAAUUAGUAGUGUGUAACCUUAAAGGAAUUGAGGAAGAUGGCGAGUACAAGCUGAGCAAUCCCACAAUUCACUCACGUGACGGUCGCUAUGGUGAUAAGGACAAACGCGAUGUUGGAAUCAUCGAUUUUUUCAGAAACCAUUCUUGUAAUGCCAUGUGUGCAACUUUUGUUAAACCAGAGCAUAUACACGUUGAGGAAUGUUUUGAAAAUCCAAGUUCACGAUCCGUCUGCUUUGGCGAAAACACUCUCACAAAAGGAAAAGAGGCGGAAAAUGCAAACUUAUCAAUGGAACAAAAUAAUCAUGAACCGGGACCAACUCGUCUACCAGCGUAUACAUCAUCAGACCCAUUUGGUCCGCCAUCUUACGACACGUGCAUGAAGGAUAGUUCUUCAUGACUAAAGCAUUGAGCGCCAAAAUAGCAGUACGCGAAUUUACAUAUAUGUUACAUGUAUUAUAAUGCAAUUUUGACGCAUCUAAGCGAUCACAAAAUAGUAUUUUAGAGGAUCAAAGCAAUUUCAUGAUUAGACUAUUCCAGCAGAACACAAUGUAUUAGUAUAUUAUUAAUGAAAAUACACGUGUCUGACGUGGAACGCCGCGCGUGCCUAGAACUUCAACAAAAUCGAAAUGGACAUGGUUCCUAAAUAUAGUAUUAAUUGUUUUUUAGUAACGUAUUGGAUUUUGUUACAAUUGUUAAAUAAUUAAAUUUUUACUCUGAUAGUUUUACAAGCAAUCAUGUUAUAUCUACAUGUGAUAAAAUCAAAACCUUAUUACAAAACAAGCGUUAUUUUAUUGAAAUCCUUUAGUUUUUUUUUUCUUUGUUAGAUAUAUAUCCUUCGUUAAUCUAUUGUAUUGUUUAGUGUUCACUUUAUUUAUAAAUUAAAGACUAAAAUAGGGUAUACCUGGAAUGUAGUGUUAGCAUGUUUUUGAUAUAUAUAUAUGAAUACGUUUUGUAAGAGAGCCGUAAGUCUCUGAAACAAUAUAUCUUUUUUAAUCAGUGUAAUUUUUGUAAUCUGAGAAUUUUGAAGAAAGAGUAAAUACCUAUCUCAUUUAUUAAUAUUUAGAAUAUUUGUUUACUAUCUUUCAAUCACAUAAGUAUCUUUUUACUAUUUUGAAAGUGGAGAAUAAUGUUUUUAAAACGAUUGUAAAACAAUGUUACUACAAAUAUGGCGUCAUCCCUUUUAAAUCUGACAUAUCGCAGAGAACGGUGACGACCGAGAAUUUGCGAUAUCGAAUGUCCGUUUCUUAUCUCUCUCCGUAUUUGUAGAUAUAAGAUUUUUAAAUUGUUUUUAAACCAAUUUUAAAAUUAAGGGCACUUUGAAUCUUAGCUUAAAAGAUUAUCGUUUGUUAGAAUUCUAAACAAACCAUGACGCUAUAAAAUAGACUAAUACAAUUUUCAUUAGGAGUAAUCUCCCUUCUCGCGAAUCUCAUGCUCACUGCAUGGACUAUAUUUUCUAUGCUGUUUUGAUAUAUUCAUACCCAUAGCUGGCUUUAAAUGUACAUUCCUCUACUGACAAAGUGCAAUAUUUCAGGGGUUUUUUUGUGUUUUUUUUUUACUUUUAUGUUUUUUUGUCUUUAAAUGAUCAAGUUAACAAAGGGAUGGUGAAGUUAUUACAAUUUAACUACAGCUUGAACAAUUUUAUAUAAAACAUAUUUUUUAUUGUUAUUAGUAUAAGUUUUAUUUGUAUUGAUUUUUUUUCGGCCAUCUAUUUUGCUAUUCGUCUCAUAAUGGAUAAUGGAUCUCAUAGUUUUAUUCGCGUUUCUAGAUUACAAUUCAUGCUUAUUGUCAGUAAAAAACUUUAAUUCCGUAAUUAUUUUGCAAUAAGCAAUACUAUAAUUAUGCAUCAUUUUAUGUUGAAUUAAACUUCAUUCUUGCAAAUUUGAAUGAAAUUCACAUGCAAUACAAAACGUAAGAUAAAGUGUGUGUACUACAGAAUGUAACUGUAAAAUGUGAUUAAAAUAAUAUUUACUGAAACAAAUAAAACUUCGUUAAAACUUCAUUGUACAAUACAUAUAGAUAACAAACUCUUCUAUGAAAUUCAUUAUUGUGAUUUUUUUCUAUCUUCUUAUAAGUGAUUAGAUUAAUUUUUUAAAUGGCAAAUUUUAAUAUUUACUUUUAUUUAUCAUAUAUAGUUCAUUAAAUAUAUACAUUAUUUAUAAUAUUCGCAUGUGCUGUUGACCUUUUUAUUAUUUAUUACAUGUAUUUAUUAACCCCGUGAAGAAUCUAGCAUAUCCGUUGCCUGUUAGUUAUUAUGGUUAGUUAUAGAUAAAAUAUUUAAAUAUUAUUUAUUUUUGUUGUGUUUUGUUUGUAGUUAAAUAGUUAAGGUUUUAUAAAUUAUAUUGUAGCUUUAGUGUUAACAUAAACCUGAAAUGAAAAUAAAAAGUUUGAAGGUAAUGUAUAAAUAAGCGAUAAGCAAACCUCUUUAAAUGAAAGAUUAAAAAAACCCACACACAUGAAUGAUCUGUUUUUAGAUAUCACAAACCCAUUUAUAUAUGUAGAACAAAUAUGAUAUCAUACUUAUUUUUUGUCAGUCUUUUUAUGGAAAAAGCGUAACGCAGUACCUUAUCUAUAAAUUUUAAUUUUCAGUACUGUGUUCUUGUGUAUAUUUAUAGACAUGCGAGUAAACAAAACCGGUAGUAACGCUUUUGAAACAUACAAAACCAAAUUACAUUUUCACUUUUGUUUUAACUGAAUGUUUAACUUUUUUGACAUUUUUGCAAGCAUUAUUUAUUAUCAAAUCUGUGUUCUACAGCCAAAUGUUUGCGCAUCCCUUUAUCAAGAAGUUAUCUCAUAAGCCUUUAUUCUAGUAACUUGCUAUUGACCAGCUUAAUUUCAGAUAAUCAAGGGUGCUCUUAUAUAACGCAUGCUCUAAAGUCUUAAUAAGAAUGAACAUAUAAAUAAAGGGUACUAUUUUUAUGGAACAUAUAUUUUAUUGCUACAUUUUCAUAUCAUAUUUGUUUGUAUUUUUUGUCAUUUACAAUAUCAUAGCUGGGUAUUUCAUGAUAACCAUUGGAUAUAGAAAAAGAAAAUGCCAAUAAACUGUUGAAAAA